CACUGGCAUCAGGACAGGCACCGGUAUCAGGACGGGCUUCGGGAAUAGGGCUGGCAUCGGGAUCAGGCCUGGCAUCGGGAGCAGGACUGGCACCGGUAUCAAGACUGGCACCGAUUUCAGGACGGGCAUCAGGAUCAGGACGGACACCGGUAUCAGGACGCGCUUCGGGAUCAGGCCUGGCAUCGGGAUCAGGACUGGCUUCGGGGGCAGGACUGGCACCGGUAUCAGGACUGGCACAGAUUUCAGGACGGGCAUCGGGAGCAGGACGGGCUUCGGGAUCAGGCCUGGAAUCGGGAGCAGGACUGGCUUCGGGAUCAGGACGUGAACCGCGUAAAUAUAUGCGUGAGGACGUGGAGCUCUGCUUACGGAUGGCUAAUGCGGUAGAACAGAACAUCAUCUACAAUAAAAAAUCUCCGCAUCACAAAAACCGAGACCGUCAAAAUGAUGCAUGGAUGUGUGUCGCAGAAGAGGUCGGGUUGACCAUGGCAGAGGCCAAAAAAAAUGUGGCACAACAUGCUGGCCAUAUAUCGGUCAUACCGAUCCAAAGUGCGCCAGAGCAUGCAGACCAGGUCAGCCUACGCCGAAGUUUAUCGCCCGCGAUGGCCAGCCUGGGAGGCUUUGUCGUUUAUGAACGAUGCGUCGGAGGACGCUGAACAUGCAGACACGGUAAGAAUAAUCUGUUUUUUUGUUUCUGUUAAUCGAUCUACCGCACACUUUGUUAUUAAAUGUAUUAGUUGCACACUUUAAGAUAUGAAAUGUAUUAGCUCUUUCUUUUUUUUUUUGAAAAGUGGUUUUAUUAUGUUACAUUAUCGAUAAUAAUAUAAAAAAAACAUUUAGCCAUUGGCUAAAUAUUGUGAAUUAUAAAUUAUUUUCCUAACUACCACGUAGUGCGCAAAUAAUGCGCAAAACCGCCACAGGCUUGAAAUUCUAUAGUUUCAUAUUUCGAAAUCGAAGGAAAUUAGUCGGUAGCUUGAUACCAUUUUCAUUAAAUAGUAUCUGUUGUAUUGUUUAAAACUUAUUCUCUUUAUUUUAAACGCCACACAUGAAAUUCACUUUUUAACAAUUAAAUAAGCGUAGCACGCACGUCUGUCCCUUAUCGCGGUCCGUAGGAGAGAGCCCCAGUUCGUGUAUCGAUCUCUUGCAUCAUGCAGAAGACCGAUCACCGAUUAUCUCUCCCGAUCGGCACUCAUCCUGUCGGCUUCCAGGGGUAGGCAACCUCUUUUGUCGCACACAACAUCUCCCCAAUUAAUACCGGCGGUAUGGCUCAUUCCACUAUACAUUCUAAGAAUGACCCUAGAGAGAAGUAGAAACCGUACCAUCGUUCUGCUUAAUCAUUUGCUAAUCCUGAACGUAUACGUAUCUAACUGAUGAACAAAGUGACCCAUCGGGUUUACGAUCACUUGCUUACAAUCUUUUUUUUUUUUUCAUUCGCAUACGCCAACGAAUAGCUUAUCAUUUUUUUUGUUUUUAAAAUGGCUCUUUAACAAUCACGUUUUUUCCUAUUCCUAUCGACUCGCGUUAUAGUUUCCUAUUUUUUUAACGACUCGCGUUUCUCUUGUUUUAACUUUGGUUCAUUUACACACAUGCACACAUACACGCUUACAUAUGGACACAACGAGAACAUAUCUCUACUUGAACCUAAAUUAUUUCUGGGUGACCCGCACCAUAAAACAUUUCAAUCUUAAUUAAACACACCUUCACAAAUGUCAUUUAAAAUUCAUCAAUAGGCUUAUCGCAGCUUUUUUCAUAUUCCUCCUCGAAUGGUACCUUCAUCACAGGUUCGCCAUUUCACUUUCUAUAGGGUUUCCCUCCUUUUCCCUUCCUUUUUUUGCCAUUUUUAAUCAUCAUCGUCAUUUUCAUUUGGCCAUUUUGAUUUCUUGUAGCGCUCCGCUGAGCUGCAAUAUCCUUCCUUAUGGCCAUAUCGAUCGCAAUCGUUACAUCGGUAAUGCCUAUACCUGCACUUUCUGGCAAAAUGCUCUUCACCACAAAGCCAACACUUCGGUGCAGCUUUUUCACGAUAAUAUUCCUGUUCUUCCUCACGGCUCUCCCUAUCACUCUUCGGACCGGGUCUCUCAAUCUUUCCUUUCUUCACGACGUUUAUCUGCCUGUGCUCGCCCUCAAUCAUAGCGGUAUCUCGUCGGAGGUCUAUAAGUCGCUUAUUCCUCUGAUAUUUCGUUUAAACAAAUUUCCUCUCGUUCUUCUAGACGCGAAAGCAAUCUAAUACGUAUAUCCGCAUGUGUAUCACUCUUUAAACCGCAUACAAAAAACAAACACUUCAUUUGCUCUUCUGACAAUCCUGCCAUCUCAGCUUCAAUCACCAUUUUGUUCACCCGAUACGCAUACGUUACAAAGUCCUCAGACAACGUCUUCUCCAUUUGCAAGCACUUAAAACGCCUGCAUAUGCUGGACUCUUGCAACCCGAACAAACUUUUGAGCUGCUUCACUGUAGUGGCAAAGUUGUAGUCUGCUGGCUUUUUCGGCAAAACGAAGCUCACAUAUCGCUCGUGCUCAGCAUUACCCAACUUCCGCAAUAGCAGUCUUACCCGCGCAUCGUCGCUCAACUUCUCAGCGUCCUUUGUGAAGAAAUCUUCGUAUCGGUCAUACCAGCCCGUGAAGGUCACACGCUCCUCCGGUAUGUACUGAAACUCCUUCACUUGGCCAGCCAAGGCCUCCACUCCUCGAUCAGCGUUAGUGUCCCGCACAUUUACUGCUGCGAAGAUUCUGCUAAGGAGUUGCUCCUGCUGCGCCAAAAAAUCUGCUUGCUGCUGGUGUAUCAUCUCCUGCUGCUGCCGAAAAACCUCUUGCAGCCACCCGUUGAUACCGUCCGUAGCAUGUCCGUUUAGCGAUGAUGCUGCUUCAGCGUCGUUUUGUUCCAUCGUUCACUGCACUAUCGCUGCACUCGUGGUAGAUGUAUUCAAUGGGUUUUUUCACCUCGUCGCCACUGUUGUAUUGUUUAAAACUUAUUCUCUUUAUUUUAAACGCCACACAUGAAAUUCACUUUUUAACAAUUAAAUAAGCGUAGCACGCACGUCUGACCCUUAUCGCGGUCCGUAGGAGAGAGCCCCAGUUCGUGUAUCGAUCUCUUGCAUCAUGCAGAAGACCGAUCACCGAUUAUCUCUCCCGAUCGGCACUCAUCCUGUCGGCUUCCAGGGGUAGGCAACCUCUUUUGUCGCACACAACAGUAUCAAACCGGCAUAGUUUUUGCUGUGGUGCAAUAAUGAGCAAUAAUUUGGUCGUGUGCAACAAUUGGCGAAUGACCCUGCUUAUGGUUUCAAGGUGACCAUACAAAAUAAUAACUACAAUGCAAACAGGGGUGCAAUAAGUUCAUCCAUUGAUUUAAUAACCAUGUGAUACAGGAUAAUAUGUUCACAAAAUUAUUUACCGUUGAAAUUAUCCCUAGAAUUACAUACUUUUAACGUGCUACUGUAUCAACGUGUACCAUUUCUGUUACUUCAAUAACUUUUGCCCUAUGUGUUAUAUUAAAAAAGUUAGCAUUUUGCAUGCGUUGCAAAAUCAACUGAGUUUGUUACAAUUCAUGCGUGGUUAUAUGCAUUGUUGUUGUUCUUAUAUGAUAUAUCUUUGAAAGCUCUAUGUUUUUUCGUGUUAUCUUGUUACAUGAUAUCACUUCUAAAAGUUUUCGGAAGUAGCGUUGUCACAAAUGGUAUAUUUAUAACAUACUAAUACCUUUUUACGUGCAACUUGACUUCUUUGGCCAAGACCAUGGUUUGCUGCAGAAAACCCAAGUGCCACAAAUCCACUAAACGACCACUAAACGGCUUCUAAACGACUCAAGCACUCUAGCUAAACGGAAUAUAGAAAGACUUCGUUUAGCAGACGGCAAACGACUCAUGCAUUCUAAAAAUAGCGAAAAAGCUGGUGGCGCCAUCUGUUGGUGGGAUACCCAACCAGUUGAGCUUCCUCGCUUAGAGGAGAGCUUUCUCAUAUCCUCUGAACUGUUGUAUGGUUUCGCAUUGAAGUUAUGCAUCGCUAGAACUAGAACGGCGAUACGAUUGUUUAAAUACUAAACUCCAACGGAAACCACCAGCACUGAAACAAGCGAGAUUUGAGUUAUGGUCGUUGGUGUUGAUACCCACGUAUCUGACCACACGACCAUUAAUAUAGAUUUUUGCUCGGAUAGUUGGAAGGCUAUAUAGGACAUGAUAAGAUGAAACUUCGAAACACAUUGCAAGAAAAGGAUAGCAAUAUAAUAAUUAGUUUUAAUACGCCAUCUUUUGAUAAAACCAAUGAAGCUGUGGAGCUUUCAUUUUUUUUUCUAUGGAUAUUCAAUUUUCCAGUCGUUUAAGCUGAAUCUGUGGCGCUUGGGAAGCUCGGCAUCAUAUCGAGAUUUGUACCAGCAUUCCAACUCUACAAAUGUUGUUUUUAUUAAAUACUUUAUUUUCACCUCUGAACACUAAGUUUACCAGAGUAAAGCCUCUCAAUAUUAUAUUACCAAUAUAUUUCAUCAAUAUCAAAAUAUUAUUUAUGUUUUUACUAGUUAAGGAAUAUAAUUAUUUGUUUUCAUUGAUCUGUAAAUCAAAUGUUGCCAAUAAACCGUUUAUAAUCGA